CCGCGAUAGUGUAUCGUAUCUAUGGCAUGUCUAUAUCGUGUCUAUCAUUACUAAAGGCCCCGGUAGAGAGCUGGCAGGCUCUGGCAAGAAGAGGGUUCAUUAAGGGUAAUUCCACGUGAUGAUGGAUUUCUGCGCCUAGAAGUCGGAGGUCGAAAGUUUGAAUUCUAAAUGGGCGUGGUUGAAUGCGGACUUGGAUAGAGAGACCCGGGAGCCUCGCGUUCUUCUGUCUCUUGCCUCUCUGCCUUGCACUCUGAUACUGGCAGUGAACGUCCUGCAAGACGACAGCGACGAUGAACAUCCACGAACAGGCCCACAACAAGCGGACGUCCAUAGACCAGCUACUGAACCCAGUCGGUUCUCAGGCUGCUGCUGCCCCUCUCGACUCCCGGUCGGUGUACGCUUCUAAUCAGCUUCCAAACUUGACACCUCCGAACGUGGCAUAUCUACCCCCCAACCAUCAGCAGCACGUAUCCGCCCCGCCUUCCUACCCUCCCUCCAUGCACCAACAACCCGGCUCUUUUAGACUCUCUGCUGCAAGCUGGGAUCACGGCGUCGACGAGCGUAUGCCUGGCAGACAUCACGACCUCGAUAACUCGACUUCUUGUCGCUUUCAGCCGGGCCCAUCUUCUGUUCAUUCCCACCCGUCUUAUCCUGAACAAUCCUAUCCCAGACAUCAGAGACCCAUCGAGUCUGAGCCACCCACUAACUAUUCUAACAUGGAUGUACAACCUUGGUCUAAUUCUCAGGAUGCACCCAAUGUGCAGUAUAGUGGUCAUGGCGUAAUGCCACCCACCUAUUCCGAUGAACGCAAUGGUGGUGAGUCGAACUCUGCCCCGAUGAAUGGCACUUGGACAUUCAAUGCCAUGCCAGGCACGUCCAAUGACGCUGUGCCCAAAAACUACGCGUCUCCACAGUAUGAACAUCAGGAAUACGUCCAUCAAGGUUACCCCACAAACGGUUAUCUUCCUGUCUUUAUGACAAACCCGAAUUCGCGUGGCUCUUUACCUCCCCCUCAUCCAGGAAUGGCCCAAGCACAGCACCGUGGCCAGCCCCCUCCGCAUGCGUAUUAUGGGACGCCAGCUGUCGCGUUUGUAGCGCUUCAACCUAUAGCGUCUGUCCCUGCUCCAAAGCGACCUUUGGAGCAAACACCCGAAGAGGAGCCUGUGCCCAAGAAAAAAUCCAGGGCGAAAAAGGCGAACGGGGAUACAAACUCAACAUAUUCUAGGCGGGGUUAUAAUGCCAAAAAGCGCAAUGAAGCGGCACAGAUUGCUGCACAAAAUGGUAGAGCAAUGUAUUCUACCAGAAAAGACACAAAAUACUCACACAUCACAGCUCUCGGUUCAAUGGUCGCAUUCAAACCGACAUCUGGAGAGAAUGGUAGUGACACGGUAUCUGAAGCUGUGUCCACUGGCGAAGGGAUGCCUAAGUAUCAUCCAGAAUUGCAAUUCGCACGAUGCAUGUCAAAUCGAUAUCGCUCAGAAGAAUUUCCAAGAUGUGUCUCAUGUACCCGCCGAUGGGCCGGCGAUACAUGUCGAUUCCAAGGUAUCAGGUUCUUCCUCAAAGACGAGAAUCGAAAUAUUGUUGGCAUUAGCUUUGUCGAAAGUCAAAAACCUGAUGGUCCCUCGAUGAAUUUCCCUCUUCAGUGGAACGUACCUCUGAUUCAGUCACACAUCGUGCGCGUCAAGCGUACGGUUGCAAAGGCCCUACUUCCUAUCCUUCGAGCAGAGCGUGAACACCUAAAUAGACCUGAAGUCAUUCGCAGACCUCGGGAGAGUGAAGUUAGAGCCACGUGUGACACCUGCAUGACAUCGAUUUUCUCAUGCAGUUGGAUGUGUCGAAACUGCGGCCGCGAAGCUUGUGCAGAAUGUUUUGAACAGGUCAGUGACCUCACGGAGGAUCGGGCAGGCGCGAACGAGGCAGAAAUUGCCGCCUUGCAGGCUAAAAGGGAGAAGCAUGCCCAUAUCAACCCCUUUUUUCUCUCAUGCACUCGCAGGAGUGAGCAUCGUGCACGAGAUUUUUCACCCAUGUCCAGGUUUAGCAAGGAUGAGCUGUCCCAGGCUAUCAGCGACAUGGAGUCACUAUUGGCUCAACCUGGCCCAGAUGACGUCGUUAACGGAGAACCUGUCCAGUCAACAGCCACCCCUCAAGUUUCCAAUGGUCAAGUAAGUGACCAGCCAACCUCGGCAACGUCUGAGAGUGCCUCCAGCGCUGUAUCUGAAACAACUACGGUUGCGUCCUCAACUGUAUCCGUUCCUCCGCCAGCGAUUUCGACGCCUUUACCAAGUGAUGCGCCUGUUCCUACGCAUGAGACUAAGGUUUUCGCCGACGCCGAGCUCACUGAUGAUGUAUUCCGUCACGUCUGGGUAAAUGGGCAACCUUUGGUGGUCACCGGUCUUUUUCCAAAGUUCCAGCUUCAAUGGACACCUGAAUACUUCAGGACGAAAUAUGGGUCUCAGAACUGCUUGAUCCUGGAGUGUCAAUCGGAUCAGAAUAAACGAGUCACCGUUGGAGAGUUCUUCUCUUGGUUCGGGGACUACGAGGGUCGACGAGAUUGUUGGAAACUCAAGGAUUGGCCUCCAUCAAUGGACUUCAAGACAGCAUUCCCGGAGCUGUACGAUGACUUCAACAGGGCCACUCCAGUACCAAACUACGUUAGACGUGACGGCGUAUUGAACGUCGCAUCCCAUUUCCCAAGCAACACCGUUGCUCCAGACCUAGGUCCUAAAAUGUACAAUGCGAUGGCGUCAUACGAGUCGCAAGGUAGCAAGGGAACUACCAGACUUCACAUGGAUAUGGCUGAUGCGGUCAACAUCAUGUUAUAUGCUUCCCCAACUCCUGAUGGCCGACCGGGCUCGGCUGCUUGGGACUUAUACAGGUCUGAAGAUUCCUCUAAGUUGCGCAAAUUCCUGAGGAAGAAGUUCAAGGGUCAAUAUCAGCACGACCCCAUACAUUCUCAACAAUUCUAUCUCGACGCCAACCUUCGGCGGGAACUGUUCAACGACUAUGGCGUGAAAAGUCAUAGGGUAUACCAAAAGCCCGGUGAGGCUGUAUUCAUUCCCGCCGGUUGUGCACAUCAGGUCUGCAACCUUGCCGAUUCCAUCAAGGUCGCUUGCGAUUUUGUUAGCCCCGAGAACAUCGGGCGAUGCGAGAUGCUUACUCGGGAGUUCCGAGAACAGAACCAGUCUAUGGCUUGGAAAGAAGAUGUGUUGCAGCUUCGAAGUAUGAUGUGGUUCGCUUGGUUGUCUUGUUGUCGUCAAGAAAAGGAGCUGUAAGGACAGUCUGAAUAAAUCGCACCCUCCUCUGAAUACUUGGACUUUCGGCUGACAUCUUUUGGGUCAAAAACAUAAUAUUGUUGUCGCGCAUGCUGUAUCAUUACCCAUGAAUUCCUCUUAUUUGUAGAUUAGUCACCAUCUUGGUUGCACGUAGUUAUCCAUUGGAAAAAGACAGUCGAUUCUUUCUUGGGAACAUCGAGACGCCUGCCCAGUUCAGCUU